CUAUGUCCCCACCAAACCAUGCCAGCAUCAAAGUGGACUGCUGCGCUUAUCCAACCAUAACUUCACGUGGGUGGUCGCAGGCCAAAGAUCUGCUACAAAAGAAUGCACCAAGAGCAGAAUUAUCACUGCAAACCUCAGAUCCUCGCACGUGAACUGCUGCAUUUAGCCCUGAAUGGGAGCUUUCAGCUCUUUUUUUUUUUGUUGAAAAGUUGAGUCACUGAUCGACAGUAUAGUGCAUGUCAUCUAGCCAUGCCUGGUUGGGGUCACAACCUACCUAAUUGCCGUUUAACAGCGGCUGAAAUAUAGGACUCGAAUAAGCUACGCAAGCUGUAUUUCAUCAGUGGGCUUUGACACUUCUUUUUUCCAUGUUGUUGUCUUUAACAGGGCUGUGAAGGGGAUUGACUCUACAAUCCCACUCUUUUCCAUUGUAGCGCUCAAUAAACCUCAUUCUUCGAAAAGGAAAAAAUGUUGACGGCUCUUCUAUCCCUCCUCGGCUUGCAAAUAACAUGGAUUGCAGCGCCCAUUUGGGCCUGCGACUCCUGCUAUGGACCCUCGGAUUACAAUGUCCAUAAGAGAUUGGUCCGUCGCAUGCAGCCAGAAGCGUUGAAUGCGAUGACGAAGCCCAAGGGUCCUCUCGAAUGGGGUCAGAUUAAUUUCAUCCAUACGACGGACACCCAUGGCUGGUUGGCCGGCCAUCUGAAGGAACAGAACUAUGGAGCGGACUGGGGGGACUUUGUCUCCUUCAUUAGGAACAUGCGGAAAAAGGCGCAUGACUUGAAAGUUGAUUUGUUGGUGGUUGAUACUGGGGACCUGCAUGAUGGCAAUGAAUUGAGCGAUAUAACGACCCCCAAUGGCGCCUAUUCAACAGAUAUAUUCUCCCAGAUCGAUUACGAUUUGCUCACUGUCGGGAACCAUGAGCUCUAUGUUACAGAGGUCGCAUAUGAUACAUUUGCAAACUUCUCAAGCGUAUACGGGCCGAGGUAUCUAACCAGCAACGUGCAGAUUCUCAACGAUGCCACAGGAGAAUUUGUAGAUUUGGGACACAAGUACCGCCACUUCACCACCACUUACGGGCUGAGAAUCAUGGCCUUUGGCGUGCUUUUCAAUUUUCAGAAGAAUUCAAACGUGUCUAGGAUUACCAAGGCCGAGGAUAUGAUUAAAGAAAAGUGGUUUACUGAGGCUGUCAUGACUAAAGACGUCGACCUGUUCGUAGUGAUUGGUCACAAUCCUGUCAGAAACACCGAACCCAGCAGCACCCUUACAACCAUCCAGCAGGCCAUCCGCGGUAUGCGACCUGAUAAGCCCAUCCAAAUAUUCGGGGGUCAUGCACAUGUUCGGGACUUUGUUGUGUGGGAUGAGACUUCAACUGGCCUUGCGUCGGGUCGAUACUGUGAAACCGUCGGCUGGCUCUCCAUGUCUGGAAUAAAGUCGCCUACUUUCAAGGGCAGCAUGAAGCCUCAUGGCGUACCAAACCCUUCAAGGAAAGCCAUUGUAAAGAAAUCGGCAUGGAGCCAGGUUCCUAAACAUAGUUGCCCGGAAGGAGAGCAAAGCAUGCUGUAUUCUCGCCGGUAUUUAGACUGGAAUCGCCUCACAUUUGCGUAUCACGCGGCUGGUUCGCAAGACCUCAAGUUUGAUACUCAUCUCGGGAAAUGGGUGACAGGCGAUAUCACUGAAUUCCGCAAGGCCAAUAACCUAUCUACAGUUCUUGCAUGUGUGCCCAAGACAUACUGUGCCACUUGUAAACCGUUUGGCGAGGAUGGAAAUAUCUUUAAGGUUCUUGAAGAAGCCUUAGCUGCCACUGUUGUCAACCCGUCGCGGGCUGAUAAGCCACGUCUGAUCCUUACGAACACGGGGUCCAUACGAUUCGACCUGAUCAAAGGCCCGUUUACAUUGGAUGACGCCUAUAUAACCAGCCCAUUCAAAAAUUCGUUCCAGUUCAUCCCCGAAGUACCAUACACGCAGGCAAAACAGGUCCUGGAUAUCUUAAAUGCAGGGCCCUUCCAGAAAAAGCGCAGCGACAAUCCAGAAGUGGACACAUACUCGAGCUCGAUGCUAGCAGCCCGCGAAUCCUGUGUUGAUCCCCCGUUGAUCACGUCGAGGCAAAUGAGAAGAGAUCUGCUCAAGCCACGAUCCAUCACUCGCCAUCGACAAGACGAGACUCAAAUCUACCCCGGCUAUACCACGACCGAUGACUUUGGUACGGACGGCGAUGACACGCCGCACUCCAUGAUCCCCCAUUUCCCGCAGCCAAAUGAUGUUCAAGCGAAUGCAUCAUUCCCUACGGACGGCAGUGAGCCUGAGAACGUCGAUCUAGUAUUUGUCAGUUUUAUCGGGAAAAAUUACGUGCUACCGGCGGUGAAUCAGGCGGGUGGCAGUUAUACAGCGGAAGAUUUGCAGCUUUAUACCCAACCGGAUUUUACGGCCGAUAUGGUUCUGAUGAAAUAUGCGGAGAUGGUGUGGAAGGAGGGGGUUCCCGAUUGCCCUGUUGCGCUUGAGCCAUAGUAAAUAAUAUAGAUAGACGUAGAUACUCAAUAAUGAAGAGGACAUGGUAAAAUAGACUUCAGAUGCAAUGCCAAGACAUUUAUCGGACGGGACUAGAAUUGCCAAGAAGACACACGUGAUUGCUGCCCU